GUCAGGUGCCAGUAGCAAGCAUGGCUGCCUUUGGUCAAGGGCACUGGUCUUUAGCACCUGGACAGUCCAUGGCAAUUCCAUUGCGGUUGAAAUGAUGAAGGUCCAUGUCUUCGCAGCAGCCUUGCAUCUAGGGGUGCAAGGCACAUACAUGGAGCAGGUCCAGCCUGGUAUGUUUCACUUUUCGAGUGGACUCAGCUCUCUUUCGGUGGACGUCGACGGUCAACAGCCUACGGCGGCAGCCCUGGGUCAGAAAGGGAACUGCCGGCGAGCACUGACUCUCACCGCCUUCACCUACCACACGCUGCACUCGCCAAAUUCUGGACCACACCGCAGGCAGCUCGCUCGCCAAGCAAACCUUUCUGGCUGCUCGAAUUUGGCAUCCUCUACCAUUCAACAACCUGCGGAAGCAUACACAGAAGUCUUACUCUUCUCUGUGCAUCAGAAUCAGUCGUGGAAGCUCUCAAUUGCUUGAACAGUGCCUAGAUCUUACUCUCUUCGAAAGCAUUCUCAACAAUUGAACCUCAACAGCACAAUUCUCUGCCUUCCGCACGGUUUUCGCGCUCG